AGCUGCAGGCGUGGCUCCAGGUGAUCACUGUACUACUGGGACACAUCACAGCAAGACACCAAGAUUAAAGGACGCUGCUGGCGGCGUCCGUUUUAAUCUACAAACAAGAACACGAUGGUGGAAGACACGAGAGAGCCGAAAAAUGCCACAUCCCUCCAGGCUGGACCUGGUGAUGUAGACCACAACAUUGUCUAUGCCACUAACAUAAGAGUCACCCAGCUUAUUGGACGACAGCUGGCUCAGAUAGGGGACGACUUGGACAACAAAUGGCGUGAACAACUGCCCGUCCAAUUGCAGCCCUUGAAUUUGGGGAUUUAUCUUUACGCCCUAACCAGGACUGCGUUUUCUGGCAGGAUCCUUGGCAACCUCUGGGGGUCUAAAAUUAUGCCAAUGUUAAGGACAUCCUGGUUGAUUCCACAGCUUCAAAAUGGCUGUCAGGAGGCUAAGAAGUGGGCGGCCUGGGUGCCCAACCUUUCUGACUGGUCCCGCAGGAACACAUACAUACUGGCGUCUGCUUUACUACUGGUCACCGUGUCUAUCUUACUUGUAACCUAGUAUGGAUAUGAAGAUUGAAGGUGACUGUGAGAGGGUCAAGAGCUGGUCUUUGGCUCAAAUAUAACCUUUUUUAAAAAUAAAACUUCUUAUUUUGCAUUCUCUUUUAUAACUGAUUCAAAUUAAGUGCUGGUUCACAUAUAUACGUACAUAUAUGUGCAGGUUUUUACAAGUUAAACAUGUUUUGUGUGUGUGUGUGUAUUGGGUCUAUUGCUGGCUAAUUGGGCCAAUGAAUUGUUACCUCUUCCUCUAAAAACAUUUCUGCAUUAUUAAAGGAAGCUGGACUUUCCAAGCGCAAUAAAACUUUUAAAAAAGAAAA